AACCUCGGAACUCCAAUUCCAUGUAGCUAUUUCUUUUUAAACUCAAUUGAUUUCGAGUUCUUGGAUAUCAGCGUUUAUUCUCUUUCUAUUUUUCUAAAUAGUUGAUAUUAGUUGAAUUCACCUGCCCAAAAUGUCUUCUCAAAUCCCAGAUAUUGUGAAACAUCGCGUCAGCGAUAGGGCGAAGAAGACCUUAGACAUCGUCGCCAAAUUUGUAGAGGAAGAGUGUAUACCAGCCGACCCUAUCCUUGAAGCUCAGAUCGGCGAAGGUUCCGCACGAUGGGACCACCAUCCCCCUAUCAUCGAAGACCUAAAGGCGAAGGCAAAACAACUGGGGUUAUGGAAUAUGUUCUUUCCCAAGGGCCACUAUAAGGAGUCGCCAGGCUACACGAACUUGGAAUAUGGUUUGAUGGCCGAAUGGCUAGGAAAGUCGAGGUCGGCAUCCGAAGCUACGAAUUGCGCAGCACCGGACACGGGGAACAUGGAAGUUCUAGCCAAAUACGGCAACGAAGCACAAAAGGCACAAUGGUUGAAGCCCUUGAUGGACGGCCAGAUCAGGUCCGCUUUUCUCAUGACUGAGCCGGACGUCGCCUCGUCCGAUGCAACAAAUAUCCAGCUUAGCAUUGUCAAGGAUGGAAAUGACUACGUUUUGAACGGCUCUAAAUGGUGGUCCAGUGGUGCCGGCGAUCCGCGAUGCAAAAUCUACGUCGUCAUGGGUAAGACAGACGCGAACAACAAAGAUCCCUACAAGCAACAGUCCGUCAUCCUCGUCCCUGCAGGCACAAAAGGUAUUACCAUCCACCGCAUGCUUAGUGUCUACGGAUACGAUGACGCGCCACAUGGCCAUGGUCAUAUUUCCUUUAAGGACGUCCGUGUCCCAGCGGGCAAUAUGGUCCUUGGCGAAGGCCGAGGCUUCGAGAUCAUCCAAGGCCGUUUAGGACCAGGCCGUAUCCACCACGCUAUGCGUAGCAUUGGUGCUUCUGAGAGAGCUCUUGAAUGGAUGUUAAUGAGAAUUAACGAUCCUAAGAAGACCCCCUUCAAAAAGCAGUUGAGACAACAUGGUGUGAUCCUGGAAUGGGUUGCGAAGUCGCGAAUAGAAAUUGAUGCGGCGCGCCUCAUCGUUCUCAACGCCGCUGUGAAGAUGGACGAUCUAGGCCCAAAAGCAACUCUUAAAGAAAUUGCCCAGGCUAAAGUCUUGGUCCCGCAAACAACCUUGGCUGUCAUCGACCGCGCCGUCCAGGCUUUCGGCGGAGCCGGUGUUAGUCAGGACACACCGCUCGCAAGUAUGUGGGCACAGAUUCGGACACUUCGACUGGCAGACGGACCAGACGAGGUUCACCUACAGCAAAUGGGACGCAAUGAGAACAGAAGGGGCAAGGAAGUUACCCAGAAGAUCCUCGGUCAGCAUGAGAAGUCGGAGCAGCUGUUCAAGCAACAUAACGUGAAGCGUUUCCAACCUGGGUCAAAUAUCAAGCCUCGGAUAUAGGAGAAUUGUAGGCAUAAUUAGAUACGUAUUGUAUUGUCCAUGUUGGGCGGCCAAUGAUUUAUUGUUAUUUAGUC